AAAUCCGAUACCAAACAGCCCUUUAGUUUUUUUUCUGGGUUGUGCGGAGUUGUGGCAUACCGUUCGUGUGCUAGGGCUUCUCUAUCUGGGUCGUCUUCCGUCCUUCAUUUGCUAGAGCAGGAGAGGUGACUCGGCGGGUGGAGAGACAACGGUUUUCCGGUCGUUUGGCAGUUGGGAGUCUCGUGACGGUCGCUAGCUUGGUUCUCCGAUUAGGAUUUCUUAUCUCUGUUGGGAACUGAUCUUGAAAGUUCAUAUUCAAGUUCAAAAGAAGAGAUCUGUUUACAAGAAGUGAUCUUAAAGGUUGAUAUUCAAGUUCAAAAGAAAAGGAACAUAUCUUGGAUGUUGAUGAAAUUUUGUUGGCAAUAGAAAGUGGUGGUCUUUGUGGUACUUAAGAAAGAGAAGGAUGGCUGCGCACAAGAUUGCUCAUGCCACUCUCAAGGGCCCCAGUGUUGUUAAGGAGAUAUGCAUUGGGAUAACUCUAGGGCUUUUGGCAGGUGGGCUGUGGAAGAUGCACCACUGGAAUGAGCAGCGAAAAACUAGAGCCUUUUAUGACAUGCUCGACAAGGGCGAGAUCAGCGUCGUUGUUCCAGAAGAAUAGAUUUCCUUGUGUCAUUUAGAAGCUGCAUGGGUCUUACAUUAUGCUAUAUGCAAUAAUUUCAACUCUUAAAACUGCAUUUAUGCUUUGAACAUGAAUGAUGUCUUGCCUGUGUGCAAUGCUUUCGGAAGUUCAUUUUUACUUUUGUGCGUAUAUAACAUUGCUAAUGCGUGAAUAAAUGUGUUACGAUUUUUCCUUUUU